GUGGGAGCAGUCUUGAUGCAAGACCAGGGGAAUGGACUGCAACCAAUCACCUAUCUCAGCAAGAAACUACACGGGGCAGAACUCAACUACCCAAUACACGACAAGGAGGCCUUGGCUAUUAUCAUCGCCUUCAAAACAUGGAGAUGCUAUCUCGAAGGAUGCAAGACAACAGUCUACACCGACCAUUGGAGCCUAAAAUAUUUGAAGACACAACCAAGCCUCUCCUGGCGACAGGUUCGGUGGAUCGACUUCCUCGAGACGCACUUCCACUACGACAUCGUGUACAAGCCUGGCCAUAAAAACAAAGCAGAUGCGCUUAGCCGGCCUGCACACACUUCAUCACCGAGCUACCAACUACCACAAGCAGUCAUGACGCAAUCCUCGUCCUCAUUGACAAGUUCUCCAAAAUGGGACACUUCAUCCCGACACACACGACAGCACGCAGCGAGGAGACGGCACAAUUCUAUGUUCGCUACAUCAUCUCACAACAUGGCAUUCCAACCAUACUCAUCUCCGACCGAGACCCUAAGUUCACCAGCAAGUUCUGGAAGGAAUAGAUGUCUCUGCUCGGGACCAAACUCGCCAUGUCAUCCGCCUACCAUCCGCAGACACAUGGACAGACCGAGCGCCUCAACCAAAUUGUGGAGCAACUCCUCCGCGCAGCCUGCAAGGACGACAUCUCCAAAUGGGACUUGCAUCUGCCCGUCCUGGAGUUUGCCUACAACAAUGCUACUCACGCCGCUACUGGACAGAUGCCGUUCUUCCUCUGCUACGGACGCCACCCACUCACACCUCAACAGCCAAACAUACCAGCCACAACCAGUCCAUCACCCUACCUGGAAGAUUCACAACGCCUUCCAUGUCCAACUGCUGAAGCCCUAUCGGGAUCCAAACACCAUCUUCGUCGGAAGCCAACCGCCGCCGCCGGCGCCCGUCCUCGUCCAGAAUGAACCCGAGUACGAGGUCGAGUCUGUGCUUGCACAUCGCCAUUGUCGGAAUGGCACCGUGGAGCUUCUUAUUCGUUGGAAGGGCUAUGAUCCUUCAGAGGAUAGCUGGGUCUCUGAAUCGAAGAUGGACCACGCUCGUCGUCCUCUUCGUGACAACCUUGUAAAAUAGGGUGUUACGUCUACCACCCAGCUUUGA